AUGAGCGAGACGCUGAAGAACAAGUACCAGGUGUGCGAGGAGAUCGGACGGGGCCGAUUUGGCGUGAUCUCCCAGUGCUUCUCUCCUACAAAGAACUCCUUCUUCACCUGCAAGACCAUCGAGAAAUCCUUGCUCGCCGACCAAGCCGACCGCGACUGCCUCGAGAAGGAGCCCAAGGUCAUGCUCUUCCUCCCGCCGCACCCAAACAUCCUCGAACUCCACCCCUCUGGGUGA